AUGGCUCUCAUCAACAUCCUCGUCUUGGGCGCUGGUGAACUCGGCACCGCCGUCCUUACCUCACUUCUCCAACACCCUUCCCGCGCCCAUAACAAAGCCUCCAUUUCCCUCCUCCUCCUCCUCCUCCUCCUCCUCCUCCUCCGCUUCAUCGCGGGGCCAGGAACACAGUUGAAAAUCGCCCGCGCCGUCCUAGAUGCAGAAGCGCCGUUCUUCAUCCCCUGGCAGGUUGGCGUGGACUACGACACUAUCUGCCGCAGGUCUGCGCAUGAUCUCUUCGAUGAACAGUUAGAUGUUCACGACCUGCUAAAAACGCAGAAGAAGACAAGUUGGACAGCGGUGUUGACGGAGAUGUUUACGAAUUUCUUGUUUGAUGCUGGGUUUGGCAUUGUGGAGUUUGGGGGCGGGGAUGGAAAGAAUGCAAAAGUUCGGGCGUUGGGUAGCUGGGAGAAUCGAGUCACUGUCACGGCGCCGGAGGAUAUUGGGAAAUUGACGGCGGAGAAUACGUUUGGGGAUGAUGGUGUGGUUGGUGGCAAUGCGCCCGUUUUUAUCGGUGGGGAUACUAAGAAAGUGGAGAGAUCGGUUUUAACGACUCAAGCGCUGGAGAAGGACCAUGGUAAUGCUCUGUUGAAAUAUGACGCGGUUUUUGGGGCGGGGAAGGGAGUUGCGUGGGAUUUGGAGAAGACGUAA